AUGGUGAGGCUUGUGCUACCCAACCCUGGCCUAGAGGACCGGAUUCCAUCUCUGGAUGAAUUAGAGGUCAUUGAAAAAGAAGAGGCUGACUCCCGGCCCAAAUGGGACAACAAGGCCCAGUACAUGCUCACUUGUGUGGGUUUCUGCGUGGGGCUGGGCAACGUGUGGCGCUUUCCCUACCUAUGCCAGAGCCAUGGAGGAGGAGCCUUCAUGAUCCCGUUUCUCAUCCUUCUGGUACUGGAGGGGAUUCCCUUGCUGCACCUGGAGUUUGCCAUUGGCCAGCGGCUACGCAAGAGCAGUGUGGGUGUGUGGAGCUCCAUCCACCCAGCUCUGAAGGGUGUAGGCAUCGCCUCCAUGUUCACAUCCUUCAUGGUGGGCCUGUACUACAACACCAUCAUCGCCUGGGUCAUGUGGUAUUUCUUCAACUCCUUUCAAGAGCCUCUACCAUGGAGUGAGUGUCCACUCAACGACAACCGGACAGGCUAUGUGGAAGAGUGUGCCAAGAGCUCUCCCGUGGACUACUUCUGGUACCGAGAGACUCUCAACAUCUCCACUUCCAUCAGUGAUUCAGGCUCCAUCCAGUGGUGGAUCCUGCUCUGCCUGACAUGUGCCUGGAGUGUGCUGUACGUGUGCACUAUUCGUGGUAUCGAGACCACUGGAAAGGCUGUGUACAUCACCUCCACUCUGCCCUACAUUGUGCUGACCAUCUUUCUCAUCCGAGGCUUGACUCUGAAGGGUGCCACCAAUGGCAUUGUCUUCCUCUUCACACCCAAUAUUACAGAGCUGGCCAACCCAAACACGUGGCUGGAUGCAGGUGCCCAGGUCUUCUACUCCUUCUCACUGGCCUUUGGAGGCCUCAUCUCCUUCUCCAGCUACAACCCUGUGCACAAUAACUGUGAGAGGGACUCUGUGAUCGUGUCCAUCAUCAAUGGCUUCACAUCUGUGUAUGCAGCCACCGUGGUCUAUUCCAUCAUUGGCUUCCGAGCCACUGAGCGCUUUGAUGACUGUGUCAACACGAACAUCCUGACUCUCAUCAAUGCGUUUGACCUGCCCGAGGGCAAUGUGACCGCAGAGAACUUUGAGGCCUUUCAACAAUGGUGCAACGCCACCAACCCUGAGGCUUAUGCACAGCUGAAGUUCCAGACCUGUAACAUGAACUCCUUCCUUUCUGAGGGUGUGGAGGGCACAGGCCUGGCCUUCAUUGUCUUCACGGAAGCCAUCACAAAGAUGCCAGUGUCCCCGCUCUGGUCAGUGCUCUUCUUUAUCAUGCUCUUCUGUCUGGGCCUCUCGUCAAUGUUUGGGAACAUGGAGGGUGUGACUGUACCCCUUCAGGACCUCAAUCUCAUCCCUAAAAAGUGCCCCAAAGAACUGAUGACAGGCCUUAUCUGCUUGGGGACGUAUCUCAUCGCCUUCAUUUUCACACUGAAUUCGGGACAGUACUGGCUCUCCCUCCUGGACAGCUAUGCUGGAUCCAUCCCUCUGUUAAUCAUCGCCUUUUGUGAGAUGUUUGCUGUCGUCUACCUGUAUGGAGUGGACAGGUUCAACAAGGACAUCGAGUUCAUGAUCGGCCACAAGCCCAACAUUUUCUGGCAAGUGACAUGGAGAGUGGUCAGCCCACUGAUCAUGCUGGUCAUCUUCCUCUUCUUUUUUGUAGUUGAGGUCAACAAAAAGCUCAUGUAUAGCAUUUGGGACCCUGACUAUGAGGAGUUUCCAAAACUGCAGAAGGUCGCAUACCCCAACUGGGUGUAUGCAGUGGUGGUCAUUGUGGCUGGGGUGCCCAGCCUCGCCAUUCCCUGCUUUGCCAUCUACAAGCUCAUCAGAAACCGUUGCCAGAAGUCUGGGGACCAACACGGGCUGGUCAAUACGCUGUCCACAGCCUCUGUGAAUGGGGACCUGAAGUACUGA